UCUUUGUUAUCAAAUAGUCUAUACCUAUGGUUUUUCAAAAAGAUUUAUAUAUAUUUUCUCAAUCUUUUAUAUUAUAUUAGUAAGCCUUUAUAAUCUCUCUUCAAAAUUUAGUUUUAUGUGAUUCAUAGAUCAAUUUUUAAGAUUUAUUAUCGUUAUUCACAUGAUUGAGGAUUUAUGACAGUUUUAUUAGGCUUACAUUCUUGUGUCAAUGCAUCUUCAAGCUAUUUUUAGUUUGAAAAUUGUAGCAAAUUGAGCAUUGUAUUAUCAUUGUGCUUAUUUCACACUCGUUUUGUCAAAUCAUUAAUUUUGAUAUUGAUUGUUGGGGUGAACUAGUGUAGUGAUAUUCUUAAUAUAGUGUGAUAUUAUUCACUUUGAUCGAAGGGUUAGGUUCGAUCUUUUGGGUUUUUUUUUUUCGUCUAUUGAAAGCCGUCAUCGUGUUAGCCAAUCCUCUCCUAUUAGAUUUGUCAAUCCUUUUGUUUUUUUUUCCUUCUCUCUUUCGGUUCUUCACCUCUACUUUAUUUGAUAAAGACAGAGAAUACCACUCUAUCAAUGACAAAAAAAAAAGUAGCAAUUUUAUUUUAAAUGGUUCGUGAGCUUGAAAAUAAAGCGACUUAUUAUCUAUCGAUAGAUGAAAACAAACUGCUAUUAACCAAAUUCAUACCAAUUUUUUGAAUACGCGGCAUCACAUUAUUAAGAGUAGUCCUACACCUUAUAUGUAUAGCUUCCUAAUCUUCUCAUCGUACUAUCAAUGUGAGUUUUGUAAAUACACACAUUUUUUUAUAUAUAUAUAUGACAUAUUUUUCUUUGAGUUUAUCUUUAAAAGAAUGAUACGUUUCUCUUUUUAUAACCUAUUUUAUCUAAAUAACAUUUUUGUUUUAUUAUUAAUGACAUGCGUCGGUUGAAAUUUAUAUUCUUGAAAAAGUUAAGAUUUUUCUCAAGAGUUAGAAAAUGAAAACUCAAGUGAAUCUCUCACAACCACUUAUUUCAAAAGGAUAGUUUCAAACUCUUUACCUAUAUCUCACGUGUAUGAUAAUACUUUUUAAAAAAUAUCAAAUUUCGUAUAAAAUCAAUCAAACACCUCAUAUAAAAUAAGACACAGAGAGAUUAUUUCUUUAAAGUAUGUACAAGAAAAAUAGACAUCAAAGAAAAAAUGAGUAAGUCUUUCUAUGAUCCUAACAAGGAUAAAAUACAAGAAGCUUGGUCUAAAGAUGAUAGUAUGGCUAAUUGUUGUUCUAAAAGGACAAAAUUUUCUAAGGAAGAAGAUGAUCUUAUCAUCAGAUGGUCGCUUAUAGCAGAAAGAUUACCCGGACAUAGUGAUAUUGAAGUGAAGAAUUAUUGGGACUCCCAUUUAAAAUUAAAACUUACAAAAAUGGGAAUUGAUCCAAUGAAUUAUCGUAUACAUGAAUAUGUUCAUAAGAAAAAUCUCGAUUUUUUCUCAUCGAGAAAUAAAAAAUUAUUCAAUGGAGAAAUUUCUGAUGCUGAAAGUUCUGCAUAAUAAUAUGUUUUUUUUUUCAAUUUUUUUUUUAGUUUAUGUGAUAUGUUGAUAGUUCUUUUACACAACAAUAUGCACCAUCAAAUUUAUUAUUUUUCUUUUUA